GAGUUUUUUUGCUCCUCCUACACUCUUCUAGAAAUCUCUCUUCAACUUUUCCCUCUAUAAACAUCGGUUCCAACCUGCUCCACUCCCAAUCAACUGAAAUUUUAGAAGAGUUUCCGAGGCAUUCGAGAAAGUGAGUGAUGGCGUCUUCAUUUGCCACCCACGUGCCGCUACCAUUUCCACACCACAAAUUUAGCCGCAGUAAAUCCUCGCUAUCCGACCAUGGAAUAGGCGUCCAGCUGCCGAAGAGAUGCUACAGCCGUCAGAGAGCGGCGAAGCCCGGGUACAGGCCGCUGAGGGUCAGAAGCGAGAAGGUGGUGGGCAUAGAUUUGGGGACGACGAACUCUGCUGUUGCUGUGAUGGAGGGCGGAAAGCCUACGAUCGUGACGAAUGCGGAAGGGCAGCGGACUACGCCUUCCGUGGUGGCGUAUACCAAGGCCGGAGACCGCCUCGUGGGUCAGAUUGCCAAGCGCCAGGCUGUGGUGAACCCGGAGAACACCUUCUUCUCUGUAAAGAGGUUCGUCGGCCGGAAGAUGUCUGAGGUGGACGAUGAGUCAAAGCAGGUGUCGUACAGAGUUGUGAGAGAUGAGAAUGGGAACGUCAAGCUGGAGUGCCCCGCCAUUGGAAAGCAAUUCGCUCCCGAGGAAAUCUCUGCUCAGGUUUUGAGGAAACUUGUUGAUGAUGCGUCAAAGUUCUUAAGUGAUAAGGUCACUAAAGCAGUCAUUACAGUGCCCGCAUACUUCAAUGACUCUCAGAGAACUGCAACAAAAGAUGCUGGCCGUAUUGCUGGGGUAGAAGUUUUGCGUAUCAUCAACGAGCCUACUGCUGCUUCAUUAGCAUAUGGAUUCGAAAAGAAAAACAAUGAAACUAUUCUCGUUUUCGAUCUUGGUGGUGGUACCUUUGAUGUCUCAGUUCUUGAGGUUGGCGACGGAGUAUUUGAGGUGCUUUCAACCUCAGGCGAUACACAUUUAGGAGGAGAUGACUUUGACAAGAGGAUUGUGGAUUGGCUAGCUGAUGACUUCAAGAAACAAGAAGGAAUAGAUCUUCUGAGAGAUAAACAAGCACUGCAACGCCUCACCGAAACUGCCGAGAAGGCGAAGAUAGAACUGUCUUCUCUGACUCAAACAAAUAUCAGUUUACCGUUCAUAACCGCCACUACAGAUGGUCCAAAGCAUAUUGAUACCACACUUACACGGGCCAAGUUUGAAGAAUUAUGUUCAGAUUUAUUAGAUAGGUUGAAAAGACCCGUUGAAACUUCCUUAAAAGAUGCAAAGCUGUCCUUUAACGACAUAGACGAAGUCAUCCUUGUUGGUGGAUCUACACGAAUUCCUUCUGUACAAGACCUUGUCCGGAAACUGACUGGUAAAGAACCUAAUGUUUCGGUGAACCCUGAUGAAGUUGUUGCUCUUGGAGCUGCAGUACAGGCAGGGGUUUUGUCUGGUGAUGUAAGCAACAUUGUGCUGUUGGAUGUAAUUCCACUAUCCCUUGGCCUUGAGACUCUUGAUGGUGUUAUGACAAAGAUCAUCCCAAGGAACACAACUCUACCCACAUCCAAAUCUGAGGUUUUCUCAACUGCAGCAGAUGGGCAAACCAGUGUUGAAAUAAAUGUGCUUCAAGGGGAAAGAGAAUUUGUAAAAGACAACAAAUCCUUGGGAAGUUUCCGCCUUGACGGGGUUCCACCCGCUCCUCGUGGUGUCCCACAGAUUGAAGUGAAGUUUGACAUUGAUGCUAAUGGCAUCCUCUCUGUCACUGCUAUAGAUAAAGGAACUGGAAAGAAAAAGGACAUUACAAUUACAGGUGCCAGCACCUUGCCCAAAGAUGAGGUAGAUAGAAUGGUUCAGGAAGCAGAGAAGUUUGCUAGAGAGGACAAGGAGAGGAGGGACGCCGUUGACACAAAGAAUCAGGCAGAAUCUGUCGUCUACCAGACUGAAAAGCAAUUGAAGGAGUUGGGAGAGAAGGUCCCUACGGACGUCAAAGACAAGGUGGAGUCUAAGGUGAAAGAGCUGAAAGAUGCCAUUUCUGGCGGUUCGACCCAAACCAUAAAGGAUGCCAUGGCGGCACUGAACCAAGAAGUGAUGCAACUCGGGCAAGCUCUCUACAGCCAGCCAGGUUCAGGCGGACCUAUGCCUACACCUACUCCUGAUGGCACAACAGAAAAAUCAGGUUCGUCAUCAUCAGGUAAAGUUGAUGGAGAAGGAGAGGUUAUUGAUGCUGAUUUUCGUGAAAGCAACUGAAAGGCCCGCCGGGCUCCUCUGUAAAUUAGUGCCUGCAAAUGUGUAUUGUUAGUUAUCUAGCUCCCAUUUAGAUUAUUUUCCUGUUUGGGAAAUUAAGAGUUGAGUGGGAACGUACCUUUCCCGAUGUAAGAUUUUCAUCCCCUAGAUAUUGGGUGUGAAGAUAAACUAGUAGAUAGACGGGGAAUGGUGGCAAGCGGAGGGCUAAUAUUUGACUAUCCAUCUGUUAAGUUGAAGUAAUAAUACAUGCAAUAUGGGUUCGAGCUAUUCGUUUUAGUUUCCGGUGAAUAAAAGUGAACUCAGGAU